GAGCUUUUUGUUGGUAAGACGGCAGACGCAAUCAUCUCGGAACAAUCGCCUGAACAUUUCUUCUUUGUGUGCGGAAAAUUGUGUGAAUUAUUGUUUCGUGCUAUUCCACCAAGAGUGAUUAUUAAAACUCUCACCGAUCGACUUGUGGAACGAUGCGACGAAGAUUUACGUGGAGCGAUUGUAGAAAAAGCGGCAUUUUACGAACUUCGCUGUCGUCAGGGAAACAAAGCGAUCUUUCAUCUUGAAGCCUUUGUUGCCCAAGUAAUGGCGAUGACAAAGAGCUCUUUCGAGGGAAUGGAAUGGGAAUGA